AUGGGUGCUGGUGGGAUUCAUAAGCCCGGCCAUCACGACCUCGAUUACGACCCCGACCAACACGUUCUGGUACCUAUCAUGCAAUUUGAAGAUGGCCAGCCUCUGAAUGACUCCGAUGUCAGAGUCGAUGGUAGGUUCCCAGGUCAAACCAUCACGGUUAGCCUGAUAGCCAAGUCGUCUUCCGACGACCCUGCAAAUGGCGUAUUAUCCAAAUCCCGACUUCCAGGCGCGGUCAGGCUGGUGCAUAUUCCAUCCAACAACAUGACGUGGGUGGAGCAAGCCAUGGCGUCUUACUACGGCGAAGAACGUCCCGAUCUCUCCCGGCAACGUGGUACUAUGGCAACCUCACAGACUGCUAUGCUCCUACGAGAGUCUCACUGGAGAUCGCAGUCCUAUGGUCUGCAGAUGAACCCCACGUCUCGCUUCAUGCGACCAUUCUGCGACUCUGUCUCUACAGGGUACUACACGACGCUUAGCAGUACGCGGGCCAAAGAUCGGACCCAGGUAGUAUAUCGGGCUACGACUCCUGAAGUGGGUUCCCACCACCGCUUCAAUGCAGAAACACGUCAAUGGGAAGGCCACGAGUACAUGUGGGGAGAUCGAGGCUGCCGCCAGUGCCGAACCAACAUUCGGGAAGUCUCUCGGGUUGUCAUGGUCGAUCAGUUGUGGAUGUGGAUGCUGGACAACCAAACCAUCGUUGCGUGCUUUCCCCGACGGUAUGGCACCACAGGCCAUGACCCUUCAGGCGUUUUCGAAGCAGUCAAAGCACGCCUUAGUUCAGGAAAGCCGGCCAAUUCUGCGUGCGAUAUCGCUUUAGUCAUUAUGGACGAAUGCUCGAACACUUUCUUCAACAGGACCAAAGACUAUACCGGUCAGCCACGGGUCCUGGACGCGUUUUCAGAAGCCAUACGAGGCUUUACUCAGAAGCAGACUGUCGAAUUUGGCGACUCUGGGACUGGAUCGAUCGAGCCAGAAGAAUCAACCGUCAACAAAGCAGCGACGCUGACCUUGACCUUGCAAUACCCCAUUGGACAGCCGGUGUCGAAGCUGGAUACUUUCAAGCAGUUCAUCCACCAUGUUCUCACUAUCCUGUCUAAGCAGAUCGACUUGAACCAAACCGAACCCGCACAUCUCGACAGGUUCAAAGUCGGUGCAGAAGACCUCCUCCGUAACGUGAGAGAUCGCGUCGACUACCUAGAAAAGCUCCUGAAGAGUGCCUCGGCCGCUGCGGACGUGGUCAAAGACUUAUCGCAGCUUAGACAGCAGCAAGACAGUGUUGUGCAGGCUCUCCAAUCAGUCAAGUUGUCGAAGGAGGGUUUCAACCAAGGGCGCACCAUCAUGGUGUUCACAGUGGUCACCAUUAUCUUCUCGCCCCUGUCGUUCAUGUCUAGCAUAUUUGGCAUGAAAAACGCUGAGUUUGGCGACAACCAAUUGACCAUUGAGUAUCAACUCAAGCUAACCUGUAUGUAUUAA